CUCUCAUAUCAUAUCUUCGAUGAUCUGCUCUCGCUUGAAGCUGCUUAUGUUGUUGGUGUUUCUCAAUUGACCCGACGCCAGCAUCUAUCCCUUUGUCAAUAUAACUUCCUGCUAAGCUCCUCAAAUCUGGAGUAAUAUCAGUAAAGCAUCCAAUCCAGCUGGUUUCAACUCUUCAACACAUCGCCUUCUAGACACGUCCUGUCGUGGCUUUCUUUCAGCAUGGCGUACACUGAUGAUGCUGUCAAAGCCAAACUCUCAGCGCUAAACGAGACGCAGGAGGGUAUCGUCACAGUUGCCCAAUGGGUAAUGUUUCACAGACGACAUGCAGAACGAACAGCGCAACUUUGGCUACAGAAACUUCGCGAUUCGCCUGCGCCCAAAAGGCUGAACCUUAUCUACCUUGCUAACGAGGUCGCACAACAAUCAAAAGCCAGACGGAAGGAUGAUUUCCUAAUCGCAUUCUCUCCGAUCAUUGCGGAGGCCAUGGCAACUGCAUACAAAGGUGCUUCAAACGACAUCCAGCAGAAGCUUCGACGAGUUGUGGAGGUGUGGAGGCAACGGUCAAUUUUUGAGAUACCUAUUCAGGAAGCUGUAGAGGCUCGCGUGGAUGAGAUUGAUAAGUCACGGUCGACCGGUAAAAAGCCAUUGUUGGGCGGAUCCCUUUUCUCGAGCCCGUCUGGUUCGGUUCCAUCCGAACUCCAGCCGCUGGUGCCUCUGCAAGCAGCUUUGUCUAAAGCGACAAUGGCCUCCGGUGCGUCUGCUACUGCAGCGAAUGGAGAGUACGACAAAAUGAAUGAUCCCGCCGUACCCCUACCAACUCCUCCAGUGCACGCUGCACGUCUAAGCCAACUACUGAAAGCGCUUGCAAACGCUGAAAGUUCUGUGUCCGAGGUCAUCAAAUCGCGCCUGGCACUUAUCGAUGGUCUUGAGAAGCUUCUUGAAACCAAUCGUGCAGCCUUGUCAAAAGAGCAGUCCGUUCUCUCGCAGCUGACCGAAAGGAAGGCGGAGACUGAAGCGAAGAAGCGGGACGUGGAAGAUAGCAUCAUGAGAGGACUUUCUAUCGACAAUCCACCCGUGCCUCAGCCUAGCGAUGCGGGCGCUGAGGCGCCAGCCGUGGCUCGUCCGGAGGUCGAGGCUUUGACUCCCCCGCCAGUGGAAGCAAUCACCCCUGUUGGGUCCCCAACGCAAGCCCCCCAGGAGAAAAUCUCAGAGUCGGUGGAGGAGGCUCAGGUCGAUGGUUUUCCGCUUCCAGGCAUCGGACAGCCUACCAAUAAUGUGCCAUCUGACAUGGAACUACCAGGUCUGUCGAAUCUUUCCAGCAUGCUUCAGCAGGGCAGUCCCAACGGAGUCAACUCGAAGAAGCGUAAGGUUACCCAUGGAGAGGAGGACUAUGCGCAAUUCGCUAGCGGCGACCUGGACGCUGAUGUCGCCGAGUUACUGAAUCAGGAGGGCUAUCCGCAGGAGAGGUAGCAUCCUUAAAGCAUCUAAGCUGCUGGUCCUAUUUUCUUGUUCGGGCAUUCUGCUUUGUACUUCCGACUUUGAUCCAUAUUCCCCAAGCUUUGUUCAGUGUGAUAUUACUUCUGGUGGGCUCGGGCUAUUCAAUCUCCGUCUGCAUGUGACCGAUAUCGAGCUGGAGUUAUUUGCCAGUUUAAUACAAUGGAACGUUUCUUUUGUGACUUACAAUUUUGACUCUGGGGGCGUCGCUGUCCCAGGACAUGCGCACCGUAUGUAGG